CUUGUUUUCGGACUUGUCACGAUGCGAUUGGUUAGAAAGCGUGUCAGCGUUUGAAUGGGGCUUUCCGUAUACAUCUUUCUGUGAUGUACAUAGGCACGAGCUGUAACAAUGGGACCAUUAAGAGUUAUAUCUGUCUUUCUGGCUGUCAUUUUAGUGUGUUUCAUGUUUGCCCAAAGCGGCGCUCGUGAUUUGGACUCCAGCUACGUGACUUGUGGGUCUGUGGUCAAACUGCUGAACAGCCGCCACAGCGUCAGGCUUCACUCGCACGAUGUCAAAUACGGAUCAGGAAGUGGCCAGCAAUCAGUAACCGGUGUGGAUUCGGCCGAUGAUGCCAACAGCUACUGGCGUAUCCGUGGAAAACCAGACACAGUUUGUCAGCGUGGGGAGCCCAUUCGAUGCGGACAGGCCAUCCGCAUUACACACAUGAAGACCGGACGCAACCUGCACUCACAUCACUUUAGCUCCCCACUGUCUAACCACCAGGAAGUGAGUGCGUUUGGUGAAAAUGGAGAAGGAGAUGAUUUAGACGUAUGGGCCGUGCAGUGCGGCGAAACAUACUGGGAACGUGACGAUGCUGUGCGAAUUAAACACGUUGCCACUGAGGUUUUCCUCAGUGUAACCGGAGAGCAGUACGGUCAACCAAUCAGAGGCCAGCGUGAGGUCCAUGGAAUGCCUUCACCCAAUCAGCAUAACUACUGGAAGGUGAUGGAGGGGGUUUUUAUUCAGCCCAGCAGUGAUCCGGUGCGCCACGACGAGCUCUGAUGAUGCCACUGCUGAGUGAAUGAGAACUCCACUCACACAUGCUGUGAAACCCUCUCUAUAUUUAAACCUUCCGUUUCUAUAAAGUUUUACUUUUAUUGGUCAAACUUUGUGUGAUGCAAUUUUUGACAAAAAUGUCACCUGCAAAAUGAACUUCACAGACUAAAAGGUCUGUUUUACUAGAUUGCUAAUGAUUGGAAUGUGUUUGUUUGUACAUAAUGGAAUACAAUUACAUUACAUACCAGGAUUUUGGGCUUUUCUAUUAUUUAUAUUAGGUUGGAUUACUACUGGGACAAAUGGCAUUGUACUAUGAAAUCCUGUAAUCUUUCGGAAUUUGGUUUAAGUUUUCUAUGUUACUGUAAUUCCCAAUAGUUGUUUCCCCCCUCAUACUGUAUGUGACCCGAUAUGUACAUAAUUUGGUGAAAACAUACUGUAGGUAUUUUUAUUUCAGUUAAAACAUAUGUUUUAAAGAACCAUAUAAUUAAAAAACUGUAAACAAGCAGAUGCAUUGUUGUGAUGCCCAAUUUCUGAAUACUGUCAAUAAAUACUGCACACUAGACUUUAUUAAA